AUGUCCUUGGCUGUACCACCGCCUAAUCGUAGUCGUGCUUCGUCAACCAACAUACGUCCUCCGCUCACCAUAAACACGCUUGGAAGGCGUCGUUCUUCUUCACUCAUUCUUCCUAUUCAGCAAUCCGAACCAUCUACCCCAUCCACCCCAUCUGAAUCCCAGUCACAUCUUGAACCCUCUCAAAUACUUGCCUCACCUGAACCCGCCCACAAGCCUCCCAUGUUUGCGGUGAUCGCUUCCGGUUUUCUGGAUCUUCUCCACGUGCCCACAACUCACUCUAUAAACUGGUCUGCUCCUUCGUCUCCGCAGUCUACCGUGGAGGACGAAUUUGUCUUACCUUUAUCUGCGUCCUCGCAGCAAACAACAUUUGGUGACAUUUACAACGAAAAAGUUCCACUCCGCACCCAUGCUCGUUGGUGGCGCCCUCAGUCGGUACAUGCUCCUAUACUGCUGGUGAUGCUGCUUUUCCCGUUAACAACGGCCAUCGUCCUAUUAUCCCUCUAUUCCUUGCCCAUUUCCGUCGCUUUCCCGAGAACGUUACCCGAGCUUGCCGCCCUAGGUCGUGAACUCCAUGCAUAUUCACAAAGUCGUCCACUACACCUAGCUCACGUCAUCGCCGUUUUGUCUGUAACUGCAGUCUGGAAACAUGCUUGGUCAAUUCCCGGUAGCGUCAUUUGGAAUGUUUUAGCGGGCGCUUUGUUUCAUCCCGUUCUGGCUACAUUGCUGCUUUCUGCACUCACUACACUGGGAUCAAUGUUUGCGACUCUUUUGUGUGUACCUUUAGCACCAUCUCUUUCGCGCCUAUUCCCCCGUGCACUCCACAUGACCCGUGUUGCUCUCGAGGGUGAAUCCAAUUUGUCCACCGGAAAAAAAUCAAAGUCGCCGACUUGGGCACGCCUCUCCGUCCUCCGCCUCGUUGGCGUGGUGCCUUGGUCGGGAAUUAACAUCGCUUGCGGUGUAUGCGGUGUUGCGAUCUCCGAUUGCUUACUCGGUGCCUUCAUUGGGUGCCUCCCUUGGACGGCGGUCACUUGUCAGAUCGGCGAUAUCCUCCAAACCGUUGCAUCCACGACCUCCCCAUCCCAGCAAACAGUCUCAUCACUGCUAACAUCACCGGACAUCCUUGUCAAACUUGCCUUUUUGUCAUUCCUCUCCCUCGCACCUAUCCUCGGACGCGAGCGGUUACGUUCUUUGAUCUCGGCAUCUUCCUCACCACAAUCUAAUACAUCAAGCCUCAAUCAAGAGGAACGUGUCUCCAGAUGGACAUGGGUGCAAGAAUGGAAGGUUCGGUUAUCUUCCCAAUCACGUACACAACGUGAGGACCACCAGCUGCUGGAAGCUCUCAUUCAAGAGAAGUCCACUCUUCCUUGA